GUUUCGCUACCUUAGGAGGUACAUAACCUCCUUUCCAGGCAUCUAACCCUUCUUUCACUUCAACUCUAGGAUUCAUCCUAAUACUCAUAAUGCGGCUCUUAAACACUACAUCAUUUCACUUAGAAGAGUUCAUAGGCGAAUUCAAACCUCCAUAUGCAAUUCUCUCCCAUACUUGGGGUGACGGAGAAGUUCUCUUCCAAGAUGUAGAAAAUCACCAGGAUUCGAUAUGGAAACAGAAACGAGGAUUCAAAAAGGUCGAGGACAGCUGUUACCGGGCUAAGCUAGAUGGAUAUAAAUACAUUUGGAUCGAUACGUGCUGUAUAGAUAAGAGCAGCAGUGCCGAGCUUUCCGAAUCUAUAAACUCUAUGUUUGCGUGGUAUGAGUCUGCGAGUGUUUGUUACGCAUUUCUAGAAGAUAUUCGAGACCUGGCCGACUUUCCCAUAAGCCGCUGGCUUACCCGUGGAUGGACGUUGCAAGAGCUAAUUGCUCCACAUGAUGUUCGUUUCUACAACAAGUACUGGGAGCUACUAGGUGACCGUUAUACACUUUCUCCUCAAAUCGCAGAACGAACUGGCAUUGAUAUGGAUAUCCUGACAUUAAAUCAUACCGUUAACAAUAAGCCCUGGAAGGAACACGUGAAAGAUGAUUAUUCGCGUCGAUGCAAAAGUUGUGACGUUGAAAUUGAUUCCGUUAGUAGUAUAUUCGGAAAUUACUGUGUAGCACAGAAAAUGAGAUGGGCUUCCUCAAGACAAACGACUCGAGCGGAAGAUAUGGCAUACUGCCUACUCGGGAUCUUCGAUGUUCAUAUGGCCCUAAUAUACGGGGAGGGCAUAAGGGAGGCCUUUCGCCGACUACAGGAGGAAAUCCUCAAGCGGUCGGAUGACCAGUCCAUAUUAGCUUGGUGCGCCCCUUAUGAUACUACUGACACGGCAGACAACAACAUCUUGGCAACCGCCCCGUCGCAAUUCCACCUAAGCGAUUUCUAUGUUAGGCCAAUAUGGCCACCUUAUCGAGUACCAAGCCCCAAAAUGGAAAUGGCACCAACUGGAUUGUCUUUAACGGUAAUUUUAUACCCUGCCCCUCCCGGAUUUGAGCAGAGACAUAGAGACCUAUGGCUCGCAGUCCUAGACUGCGUCAUGGGAUACGAUUUAAGUUCUAGACCUGCUCUCCCCUUGGUGAAAUUACAUAUAGGUAAAAAUAUGUUCUACCGACUUUUCACGCACACCAUCUACAGUCUCGAACUAUCUGGUAGCAUGAUAGCUAUUACCCCCGGGAAAGGUAGUGAUGGGAAACAUAGACUCUUCAAGAAAGGUACUAUCGGCGUUAAAAAGCCCUCGGUAGAGAAGAUCAAUAUUGUGCCUCCGUACCUUUUGGGAAAUAACUCCCUCAGCAACACGCACCUCAGGCUGUCAAGGAUCUCGCAAGUCAAUCAAUACAACAUGGACGGCUUCCAAUACAGUAUCAUAGACUCAGAACCGCAAUGGAUUGAUGCUCGACACCGGACUUUACCAGGCGCAGUCUUCUACGUGGUAGCUUUCCAAAAUAAAUCGUCGGCCUUUUUCCUAAUCUGGAGCAAUUGGGAUAAACUCGUAUGCAAUGUACUAUCUCCGCUUGACAUAUUCCUCUACGUUAAGGACAACCACAAAAAAUAUGCAUUCGGCGAAAUUACCAGAUGUACAGUCGUGGACAUUAUAACGGCCCUAAAGGGCCAGGAGUCUAUCCGAAAUUACAUUAUGCAUUAUUUUCUAAUAAAUAAGCGCAACGACGAUUUAAAGGUAAUAGACGGGUCCGACUCGCAUCGGUUUCAAGUUUCGGCCAACAUUGCACGAGCCUCUUUCCUGGGUACCGACGUUAUUGAAGUCGAAGUGAGCAUAAAGAGGCUCUAGGAAGAGAAUAUAGAGGAAGCCUUGGGUAUUGGUAUCAGCUGGCGAGAAACUGCCCAUAUAGGUACCUGCCCCGUAUCUAUAAAGAUGAGGAAUACCGUAGGAUAGGGAUAUUGGCUUUCUUUGUAUAAAUUCGAACUUGAUCUAAGCCGUUGAUUUAGUGCUAACUAUAC